GAUUCCGGCUGAACCUUGCCUGCAGCCAGCAUGAGGGGACUGACAUUCCCUUCCACUUCAACCCACGCUUUGAUGGGAAGGACAAAAUUGUGCUCAACACCCGUCAGGGCGGCAAGUGGGGACACGAAGAGAUUCACAAGAUGCCCUUCCGGAAGGGCGAGCAUUUAGAAGUCAUUUUCGUUGUCAAUGAUGCCGGAUACCAGAGGUUCUGCAUCAAUCUUAAGGCUGGCCAGGAUAUCGCUCUGCACAUCAAUCCACGCAUGCAAGAGCAAACUGUCGUGCGCAACAGUUUUCUGAAUGGCAGCUGGGGUCCUGAGGAAAGGGAUGUGCCCUUUAACCCUUUCCAGCCUGGACAGGACUUUAAGGUGAGUUGGCUUUGAUUCCAGGGGUCUUCAUCAAGCAGAGAGGUCAAAAACGUCAACAUGGCGGCCACAGCUAGGCACAUGAUGCCUGGUUUCCUAUUUUAUCUGGCUCAUGGAGAUAUCUCUGGAUUUCGGAAAAGAGCCAGACAAGCGAGAAGGCAGGCAGGCAAUGGGGAGUGUAGAGAAGAUCCAGUGGGAUGCCAUCUCCCAUAAUUCCCAGCAAACAACAGCUGUGAAGAAUUGAAAUCUGAACCUCUGGAAGGAUGUUGGAACGAAUCACCCAAUAUAGGGUGGUUUUGCUC